GAGAUAGAGAGGGUGGGGGUGGGGGGUGGGUGGGGAAGAAAAGCUUUUAAUUUGUAUGUAAUGUAAUGAUGUUCCUCAAAAACAUUUUGCCAUUUUACAGUGAGCUAAGAAAGAGGUAAGAGGAGAGAAAACAAAACACUACACACUAUACUUCUCUUUCAAAUUCCAAAACCACACAAAACAAAGAUGUUUGAUGGUGUGCCAGACCAAUUCCACCACUUCAUAGCUUCCUCAAGAGUCUCACUUCAAAUUCCCUUCCCUUUCCCACUUCAUGCCACCACCUCACCGCCACCACCACCGCCACCACAACCACCACCACCACCAGCGCCAACUUUUUCGACCUUUGAUCCCUACCCGUCCCACCAAACCCUUCAACCCCACCACCAGCACCACCAGCACCAGCACCAGCACCACCACCUCCACCACCACCUGUCCCCACCGCCACCACAACCCAAGAAUGAAGCCUCCAAGGAAGACCAAACAACAACACUCCUUUCCACAAGCUUGGUGCUGGAGAGGGAGAGAUCAUCAGCAUCAGCAGCAGCAGGAGGCGAACCGGGCGGUCCAUGGUCUAAUGAGGAAGUUCUUGCUCUAUUGAGGAUCAGAUCUAGCAUGGAGAUUAAUUGGUUCCCAGAUUACUCUUGGGAACAUGUCUCAAGGAAGCUUGCAGAGCUUGGGUUUAAGAGGAGCCCAGAGAAAUGCAAGGAGAGAUUUGAAGAGGAAAGCAGAAACCUUAACAGCCUAAGCUUCAACAAGAGCAGCUUCAGGUUCUUCAGUGAACUGGAUGAACUGUACCAACACCAGGGGGGCGAGGGCGAUCAUCACAAGAAUUAUCAGAACGAAGAAUCGGUCCAAACACGAAACGAUAAUCAUCAUCAACAACCCCCGCAUAGACGAGAACGAGAAUCAGCAGCAGCAGCAGCAGCAGAAGCCCAGAGCCUGGAAGAAGGGUCAGGGAAUGUGGAUCAUAACAGCACGACUUCGAGGUCGAGCAAGAGCAAUAAUAAUAAUGGUGGUGGUGAUGAGAAUAAGAAGAGGAUGAAGAGGAAGGGGAAGAGGAAGAGGGAGUUGGAGAUGUUCAAAGGGUUCUGCGAGGGGAUUGUGGAGAGGAUAAUGGCACAGCAAGAGGAGAUGCACAGCAAGAUUAUUGAGGAUAUGGUGAAGAGGGAAGAGGAGAAGAUUGCUAGGGAUGAGGCUUGGAAGAGCCAAGAGAGGGAGAGGCUAAACAAGGAGAUUGAAACCAGGGAGAAAGAACAUGAGAUUGCUAGCAAUAGACAGGCCAAGAUUAUAGAGUUCUUGAACAAAUUUGCUUCUUCUUCUUCUACCCCUUCUUUACAUUCUCCCUUAGAUCAAUCACUUCUCGACAAAAUUAAUGAUCUUUUUCACCAUCCCAAAAACCACCCAACUUCCCCUUCCUCAACUCACCCUCACAAUGAUGAGAAAAUGGGCACCAAGAAAGCCAAAAAAGUUUCAUCUUUUCCCCAUCAAAACCCUACUUCCAAUAAUAAUCCAACUCCUCAAAGCAGCACAAACCCUAGCUUCACUUCACCAAAAGUGCCCACAGAGACACUGAUAUUGCCCUCCACAACAACCAUGGAUUUGGGUGAUCCGGAAGAAAACCACCCUACCCCCCAGUCUAAAGACACCCAAAAUGGAGGGGGAGAUAUAGGGAAGAGAUGGCCAAGGGAAGAAGUGUUGGCACUGAUCAACUUGAGAUGCAACAGCCUAAGUGAUAAUAAUAAUAAUAAUAGCAAAGAUGGAGGAGCAAAGGGUCCUCUUUGGGAGAGGAUAUCUCAAGGGAUGCAAGAAUUGGGGUACAACAGAAGUGCCAAAAGGUGCAAGGAGAAAUGGGAGAACAUAAACAAAUACUUUAGGAAGACAAAAGAUAACAACAAGAAAAGAUCUGUUGAUUCCAGGACUUGCCCUUAUUUCCACCAGUUGAGCAGUUUGUACUGCAGCCAGGGAAAACUUAGGGGGGACUCGCCGGAAAACCGCUCCUCCGCAGAUUAGCCGGCCGGAAAACCGCUCGCUGGAUCAUAUCGGAGCUGAGCUGCCAAUAAUGCAGGUGGAGUGGAGUUCAAUUUUAAAACUCAAAUUUGAAUUUUAUGCAUGUGCAGUAGCAUUUUUGUCUGUGAUUAGAUUUAGGUGGUUGAGUAUCUUUCUUUGGUGAUAUUGAAGUAUCAAAAUCCAUUCUGACAAUGUUUGUUUGAUUACAUUAUGGUUUCUCAGACACCCUCAGAUGCCAUAAUAUAUAUAAAUAUAAAUAGUUGUAAUGUCUA